CAGGGUUUUUCCACCGUCUCUGCUGCUGCGUCUCUUAUAAAAACUGGUCCUGAAGAAGUGAAGGGUUUAUUCUUAUGUCAGGGGGAAUAGCGAGAAGAGAAGGGGCCACGGGGACUUUUUUUGAUAAAGGAAAACCAUCCAGAAGCUGUUGGGGUGGGGAAUCAGAACCCAGGAUUUCCUCUCCCUUGAUCAGCAGAGAGACUUCUGGCAGCAGAGAGCUGGAUAGUCAGGAGACAUUUUGCAAGGACUCCACAACUGAAGCCACACUAACAAGGUGACGUGAACCCCAAUGGCUUCACAGCUCUAUGUUCUCAUCAGCUGGCCUGACGGGAGCAGAGUCAUCAAUAUAGAAAACAUCAAAGAGCCCCAAAAACCAGUUCACCUGUAUUCAGUGGGUGAGCAGGUGCUAGCCCAGUGUCCCGGCUUCUGUGGCUUAUACUGGGGGGUCGUGGAAGACGUAAGUGAGUGUCAGGAUGUCCUGGAGAAGAAACUUCAGAAAGAGAAACACCUACUUAAAAAAUUCAAGAAGGGGCCAGAAGCAUUUGGCCCCCUGCCCACUGAUAAGAAGUCGAAGAAGAGUUUUCCCAACUGGGUACCGGGCAUACCACCAAAGAAAAAUCAAGGUGGCAGAAUUCUUCCUGUUGACUACCCAUCGGUAUCAGCCCCCCAGAAUGCUCCUGCUGCUUCUCAUAUCACCUCUCCCCUUACCGAGGAAAGGGUCAUUCCAGAGCCACCCGUCAUCCACCAUGCCAUAACCCCACAGUCUCCGUUGGUCAGUGCUUUUAGCUUCCCCGCUUCCUUCCUGGAUCAGGAUGAAGCAGGGACAUCUCAGAAAGAAGAGGCAGACCCCCAGCUGAAGAAUGAAACAGAGACCAGAGGUUGUGUUACCCUGGCACUGAAAAGGAAGGCGGAUGGCAUUGUAGUUCAGUGUCAAGAACAUGUCCCCAGAGCAAGGGUUUUUUAUUCUCUUAGUUGUGAUGACCCCAAAAGCAAAAGCGCUCCCGAAAUGAACGAAUUUGACAGCUGCCAGAAAAGUUUCCGGACUUGUGAAAUGGAAAGGGAGAAGAUCGGCCAACUGGAGCGACUGGUGUGGGAUUUGCAGCGGGAAGUGAUUUCCCUGAAGAAGAAGGUUCAGAAGUUGGAAUCUGCAUCUCUGCGGGAAGAAGCCCCCGGACCACAGUUCCAGAUGGUGGAGUUGUUCAAUGGCUACACCAGGGAGCAGUUGAGAGAGACCAUCCGCUUUGACCAGAAGGUCAGCACAGCCUGCAAGACGCUGCUCUAUAAGCUCUUCACCUCCGACUACAUCCAGAGCCACUCCAUCACAGGCCGCAGGGGAAACACUUUUAGGGAGGCCAAGCCCAUGAUGGACGAGCGCUGCAUCAAGGUCAUCCGCCUCCUGUUGAAGCAGAAGUUCGGGGAUCACCUCAGUGACACAGUCAUCACCGAGAAGAUCCAAAAUGUGCAGAAAGCUCUGAGGCAGAAGUACAAGGCAGAGUGUCUGUAAGCUCGUUGCGGGCAGGGAAUAAGUCUGCUGAUUCUGUUGCACUGCACACUCCCAAGUGCUUAGUACAGUAGUAAAGUACGUAGUAAGCUCUCGAUAAAUACCGUUGGUUGAGUGUGUUAAAAUUCUAGCGAGAGUUCAGCUCUCUGGAAUGUGAGGCUUUCACGAUCUCUUGGUAUGAGGAUAGAAGUUCACUGAGACAAGGAGCAGAAAUCUUAGCGUGAGAAUGUGGAGCAAGGACAGGUCAUCGACAUUUUUCUUUGAAAUUCCAACAAGCAAUUUUGAACGUUUCCCAGCCCCUCCUCCCCGCACCAUCUUUCCCCAUUUUCCAUACAGUUCGGCUGCAGAACAUUUACAGACUAUUAUGAGAUGAAGGAGAGCCUCUUGUCAUAAAGGAAUCUCCAGGCUUUAGGUAGGUUACUAAUGAUAAUUUUCCCAAUCAGUCAGUGGUAUUUAUCGAACGCUGGGUGCCGUAUUAAGCAUUUGAGGAGAGUACAAAACACUGCUAGGGAAUUAGGGAAGCUUCUUCUGACAGUGCAUUAUAAUGUAACCUUCCAAGCGCUUAAUACAGUGCUCUGCACACAAUAAGUCCUUAAUAAAUACAAUUGAAUGAAUGAAUGUUC